ACAUGGAAUAUGAACUGAAGAACUCUUACUCUGAACAUCAAAUUGUUCUCAGACUUUCAGAGAUGCCAUCUUAAUGGGCUUUUUAUAGAACAUUCAUUUUCACCAAAGGAAUAAUAUAUACCUUACAGGAAAUUUGGGGUAAUAGUAAGAAUGAAACCACUAUGCCUGAUCAUGGGCCUUUUGGCUCUUGCAACAUGUUUCUUGGUCAAUGAAACUUCUGCAGAAGCUCAAAAACAUAUGCUGUCUGGAUAGGCUACAUAAUCCUGCCAUUUACUACAGCUAGCAGUUCACAGAAGACAGAAGAGGACAGAGCCCAGUUAAGACACUUUCCUCUGUGGACUAACAGCUCCAUGUCAUCAUUUCCUUUUCCUCAGUGUGAAGAUCCUAACAUCAGCCUGAUUUAUGACUCAUCAUGAUUCAGUGAAGUUAUUUGCAGACAGAACAGACUCACUGGGGAGUAAGAUAAGUGGUGACUUUUCUGUAAAACAACUAGAGCAGCUGCAGAUGCUAUUAUCCCGGGUAGAAGGGAGCAGAUGGGAAGGAUGAAAGGGCUCUACUUGACACUGGGCCUCUUGGCACUCACAACCUGCUUCUCAACAAGUACAACACAAGAGAGACAAAAUAGGCUGAAAAAUAGACUACAAAUGAAUCCAUCUGCACAAGCAUCAUCUUCACCUCAGCAAAUACUUUUCUUAAGGAAAAGUGGUAGGAUUCCCACUCAGCUAAAUCCAUCUGCGCAACAAAGACUUGGAGGCUCUCGAGCCUAUUUAAAUCCCGCUGGUCCAAAGAGAUCUCCAAAGAUAAAAUCUAGUCAAAGCUCUGCUGUACAGCAAAUUAGCCGAAAACCCUCAAAUUACCUGAAUUUUCCAGUUAAAACAAGAUCUAGAACUAUCAAAUUUGAUGUAAAUAAACGUGCCCAAAAGUUAAUUAAAAGUAAUAAACUUCUCAUGGAUACCUACACUCAUUUAAAAUUAGAUAAAUCCAAAAUUCCUUCAUAUCAAAAAAACAUGAAGCCCAAAACUAAGCUAAACUUAUUAAGUAAACCAAGAAUACCUAGCCAACCAAAAUCUCAGUCAAAAAUAUCUGAACAAAAUCAAAAUAAACGCAAAAAAGAACAGCGUGUUAUAAAGAGAAAUCACCUAAGUGGGACUAAAAACCAUCAAAUUAGCCAACCAAAAGCUAGUCAAAAAUCUGCCCAUCAAAAAAGCCACCAACUCCAAAAUAACAUAAAUAUAACAGCUCACAAAAGAUCUAGCAAUACCAAAUCUCAUAUACUCAAAACUAAAAUAUUACCAAGGAAAUCUAAAUCUCUUUCCAGGGUAAAUAAUCAACAGAACUCAGAUUUGACUAAGUUAUCCGCAACUUCAACUGGUAAAAAAUAUAGUCAACGUCAAACAAGGCAACAAAGAUUAGGUCCACGGAAAACAUCUGGUAAAUCAAAACUUCUAAAAUACAACAGAAGUAAGAAGGUAAAGCAGAAAACUGGUCCAAAUAAACCUGAUCCAACUGGACCCAGACAUGAUCAACCUGGUCAACCCAAGCCUGGUCAAAAAAAUUACAAACAAAAUGUCAACCAUCUCCCAAAUCAAAUGAAUUCAACAGCUCCCCUCAAAAUUAACAAACCCAAAUCUCAGCAAGGAAAAAUGGUUAAAAAAUCUCCAAGAAAACCUAAGCCUCACUUUAUAACCAAAGUUGAGCAAAAUCCAAAAAAAUCUAAUUCACCUGUAGUUUUAGUUGGUAAACGAAAUGGCCAGCACCAACCUAAACCACAAGCAAUAGGUUCACAUAAAAUAUAUACACUAUCAAAGCUUCAUAAUAAUGCAAUCAAGAAACAACGAAUUAGUCCAACAAAGACUUCUGAACAAAAGAAAAUUAACCAAAGGAAGUAUCAUCUAAAUUCUACUAAAGAAUCUGGAAACUCGAAACCUGUUGCAAACAGAUCAAAAAAAAACAAAAAAGUGAAAAAACAAUCUGGCCAACAGAGACCAGUGUGUAGACAUUGUCCAUCAGGCCAAUCAAGACCUCUUCAAAUAUUUCCUAUGCAACAAAAUAGCUACCAACUUUCAAAUCACAGGAACUCAUCAGCUCUUAAAAAACCUAGAAUUAUCAAAUAUCAGCCAGGCAAAACUACUAAAAAGUUAUCAAGGAAACCUAAACCUUCCUGUGGGACAAAAUUUCAACAAAAGCCAAAAGUACCCAAACGACCUUCAAUUUCAAAUGGUCCAAGGAAAGGUCAUGGUCAAACCAAACCACAACCAUUAAGUAUCAAGAAAAUAUUCAGCCAAGCAAAACUCCAUAAAAAUCCAACCAUAAGGCAACAAAAGAGUCAAGUAAAAACUUGUCCAAAUAUUCCCAAACAUCAUCAGACUGGGCCCUUAGGGCAUUAUUUGAGUAAACCAAUAAGAAAACAAUCUGGCCAAAGAAAACCGGAGGCAAAAGCAACCAAGCAGAAGAAAAGCAGGAAAGCAAAGAAUCCACCCUAUUAUUCAAGACCUCCCCACCCAGUCCCUCAAUUUCAUCUCCCUGGUCAACCAAUACCUAGACCAAAGGUGCCCUAUCCUAACCCACUUUAUAUUCAUCUGUAUAAACCCAUCCAACACCCUGCCUCACACAUACAUUGUGGAAAGCAACUAGGUAAAAAGCACCAACUUCACCCACACAGAACUUGUCAAAAGCCAGCACUGAAACCUAAACCUGGAUUUCAGCAGCAUCAUCCAGGGAUACUUCCUACCACACAACCUGGAAAGUUGACAACAAAUCUCAAUCCAAAAACUUCUAAAACUGUAUCCUCGGGACCAUUUUUAGUGACCACCAAAGCCUCUGCAGCCAUUUCAUCUGGAUCAACUAGCAGAAAGCCCACCACAAACUCACUGGCAUCUACCACCAAAUCUUCCUCAACUUCUAAUCCAACAACCACAGCCGCAAAAUCCACUGUUUCCACCAAACCUGUGGUUAAUACUCCCAAAUCCUCCACAACUGCAAAGUCAGCAGUUCCUACCAACAAAUCUUCCAGCACUAAUGAACCUUCUACAACUAUCACUACACCUACUACCACAACCAAAGUUAUCUCCUCCACCAAAUCCAUCGCGAACUCUACGCCUGCUGCCUUCACAAUCAAAUCCACUACAACUUUAAAACCUGUGAUUUUCACUACCAAAUUGACCACCUCUCCCAAGCCUGGGGCACCUACCACCAAACCUACUACCAUCAUUAACACUGUAGCUGACACCAGUUCAUCUGCCACUGUAUUACUCAAACCAACUGAAAUUCCUAGUUUCUCUUCCACUGGCCCUACUACUAUAAAACCUGCCCAAAUGACCAAAUCCGUGGUGAAAACCACUAAAUCCCUUCCUACUACCACCAAAGUCAACAAACCUACCAGCUCAAUAUCCAUCACCAGAAGAACUCCUGCUUCUAAUUUCUCAACAAUUGUGGCAGAAACUACAUCUCCUCUCACAAAAUCAGUUUCUCCAUCUUUAUUAACCACCACUCCACCUGCUACUACCACUGUUUCACCUGCCAGUACAGCCACACUGUCCUCGGUCCCUGCUACAACUCUGGCAGGAAGCACCUUAAGAGCCGCAAAUACUACAAAGAUGCCAGCCACAACCACAGUUUCUCUCUCGACAGCAUCACCAAGACACACGUCUGCUGCCACCACAGCUGCCCCUACUACAUCUGCUCCCAAAGCUACUUUGCCCCCUCUCACCACAAAGGGUGUUCCCAACAAAGUAGGUAUCUCUACCACAUCUGUUGCUUUAACCACUCCUGCUCCCUCUGCCCUUCCUUCUUCAGCUUCUUCUACCUCCAUCACCAAAUCGUCUCUCUCCCCCACGGCUGCUGCCACCAAUCCCACAUCCACUGCUGAGGACACUACAGUUCCCAUGACCACAGCACAGGUUUUCACCAGCACCCCUGCUGACAUUACAUCUAUUUCUACGUCUGCACUGACCGCCACAUCUAUGUCUACGGGUUUAGAAGUUAGUGACACUACCUCUGACACUACAGCCACAGCGCCCAUGGAAACUACUGCUUCUCUUUCUAAAACCACGGGUGCUCAGUCCACCGCACCUGCUGCUCUAGGCACAACAAAAUACACAGUGAUCACCCCUGAAACAACCACGAAUCUUACGUCCACCACUACCACUACUCCUGAUAUGUUGCGUUCGACUACCAGAACAGACGCUGCAGCUCCACUCACCGACACAACCCAGAUCACUGCAGGUGAGACAUCAACACCUUACUCUAGCACAUCUGAUGACACCACACUUGAUUAUCAGCCUGAGCCUCCUGACUUCACCUCUGCUGCUUCCUAUACAUCACCUGCCACCACACAGCCCUCCACCUCCAAAGACAUUCCCUUGGCCACACCUGCUGCCACUAUAGCUGUUCCUACUGCUCUUCCUAAAACCACCUCUACUACUAACACAGAUCUUGUUACCACCCUGCCUGCUGCCUCAAAUAUUUCCACUCCUUCCGGCACCAUUCAAGCUGCCACCUCCAAAGCUGUACUUCCAACCACAGCCACUGCCACCUCUAUCUCUGGUGUCACUAGCCAAUCAGCUUCAUCGACCUCACUUGGAGCAGCAGCAUCCACAAGUAUCACCUCUACUACCACUAACGUGCCUCCUCUGACCACAGAGGCUCCUACCACAGUUUCUUCCACAGUCACUCCUUCCUCUGCUGCUUCUGUCACCACACAAGCUGCCACACACGUGUCUGCUCCUCUUAGCACCACACACAGGGCCACAGGUAUAGCCCUCCUCCCCAUCUCCUCCACUGGACCCAGCACCUCCCUUGCCAACACAACCACUGCUAUUCUUGACGCUUCCCCUCAGGCUGCCGCUAUCACUUCUCCAGCCCCCACUCCCGCUCCUUCCACCCCAGGUGCCUCCACUUCUGCUGCCACCAGCACUUUAUCAGCUUACUCCAUGUCUUCUAGCACUCGGCCAGCUUCCAUCACAUCUCCUGCCCUCGGUUCAUCAACAGCCACUGCGACCACUGCUGAAAUCACUAUGGGUGCUAUUUCCACUACUUCAUCUGACUCCUCUGCUCCUCACUCUACUACCAUAGGAGACACCACAACCUCUCCUACUGCCAUUGUACCAAGCACCCUGCUCACCACAGAUGAUACGACAACACUGAGCUCUGGCAUACUUGAUGACACCACUACCGACUAUGACCUUGACACUACCACUGCUGCCUCUGCCACAACCUCUCCAGCUCCUUCUACCACCUCAGAGCCCAACACUACCACUGAUGAUCACUCCAGCUCACCUGCUGCCACAAACAUUUCUUUUCCCUCUUCCACUAUACAGUCUGUCGCUACUACUUCUGACACCACCCCAGCUGCCACAGCCACAUUUGCUCCUGCAACAACCACUGCAUCUCUGACCACAACAGUAGCUGGGGUCACUAAUAAGCUGGCUUCUUCCACCACAGUUGGAACACCUCCAGCAACAUCCAUAAGUACCACAUCCGUGGCCACCAGCAUUCUGGCCGUGACCACAAAGGGUGCUAGCACCGAUGCUUCCACAUUGAUUUCCACCACAACUACCUCUGCUCCCUUUACCACAUCAGCUUCCACCUCCACUUCCCCUGCCGCCUCCAGCACACCCCCUCCUAACACAACCACUCCCGUCUCAUCUACCACAGUCAGGACACUAUCCUCUGCUGCCACCAGCACAUCAUUUACUACCAUGACAACUUCUGCUCCUUCUCCCACCACUCAGCCUGACACCACCACUGCAGCCACCAUCACACCUGCCUCUACCACCCUCCCCAUAGCCACCUCCACGUUGACUACCACUGAGCCCGUCACCUCCACAGUGGUCUCCUCCCCACCUACUACCAUCACUAGUGCUUCUGCUCUUCCCAGCACCUCACGGAGUACCACUAACACAGCUCUUCCUACCAGCUCAUCCACUGCAGCCACUAGCACAGCUCCAGCCAGCUCAACUACUUCUCCUCCCUUCACCACCACACAGUCUGUCUCUACCAGUUCCGCUGCCACAUCUGUCCCUACCACACCCACUACUAUAACCACCCCUGUCACAAAUGUUGCCACCUCCACAGUUGAAGUCAGUUCCUCGUCUGCUGCCACUAUGACACCUGUUACAAGCACACCUGCCCCUUCUACUUCCACACAGCCACCCACCAGCACAGCCCUGCUCUCUAUCUCCUCUGCUAUGAGCUCCAUCCCUGCCACUACAAUCAAAUACUCCUCAACUACCACUCAGGCUGACACCACCACUGCAGCCACCAUCACACCUGCCUCUACCACCCUCCCCACAGCCACCUCCACGUUGACUACCACUGAGCCCAUCACCUCCACAGUGGUCUCCUCCUCAUUACCUACUACCAUCAUUAGUACUUCUGCUCUUCCCAGCACCUCACAGAGGUGGGAAUCUUCCCCAACAACUGUAAGCACUAUACACAUGGCCACUCACAGCACCAUGGUUACUACAGCCAAUCCUACCACAUUAGCCUCUACAACCACUCCGGCUACUUCUACAGGCACACAGGCUACCACUGCCAUGCCUGGUCUCACUACCAGGUCUGCUAUUAUUAGCACCAUACCUACCACCACAAUGACUUCAGUUCUCCUGACCACCAUGUCUAGCACUUCAACCACUCCUUUCUUUAGUGUCUCAUCAACACCCACCAUGCCUGUUGUCACUACAGCUGCAACCACAGCAGCACCCUACAUCACUUCAACUGAUGCAUCCAACACACCUGUUUCCACCAAAGAGAUCAUUUCUGACAUCCCCAAGACUCCUUUGCUCACUACUACAUCUGAUUCUUCCAUACCUGAUGAUACUGCCACUCCUGACACUGCAACUCCAACUACUAUGACAACCAGUACUGACAUCACAGAUGAUGACACUUCAACACUUACCCCUAGCACAUUUUAUGAAACUAUACCUGAUGGUGAUGAUGGCACUACUAAGAAUAACACAGACGAACCCACAUCAGAUGAUUUUACAGAAAGUCAGACUCAAACUGAAUCAUCAUUUACUGCCCCACUACCAUCAAGCACGAUUUACAUGGAUUGAAUUUCUGAACCAAAUUUAACCUGAGACCAAAAUCUUAGCCCUACUACUCUUUCAAACAUACUAAAUUUUCUUCUAGCUAAAAAAAUGUUCAUUUCUAUUCUUAAUAUUUAAAGGAAGUUUAAAUUGCAUAAGUGUAUUUCAUUUCAGUGAAAUUUUCUAUUGCCUAUGAAAUUAAGACUUAGCUUUAAAUAGUACAAAUCAUGAUGACUUUUUUCUCAAAUCUAUACCCAAAAGAAAGAUUUAAGGAAAUUAUACCUAAACAUUAAUGGUGUUUGUUUUGGCGGAUGAGAUCUAGAUACUUCAGGACUGAGACAGAAUGGAAUCAUAUUUGACCAAAGAAAUUCCUAUACAGAAAAAUCCUAUCCAACACCUCUCCCUAAACCUAUCCAAUUCUCCAUAUCACCCAAUGAAUUCUACAAAUGCAUUCUGGACUUGAUAGAUACCCACAAAUACACAAAUGUAAAUCUUUAAGAAAUAUAAACAAUUUUAAAGUAAUCAAACUGCAAGCAAGUCAAUUUAUAAAGAAAAGUUAAUAAGUAAUUACUUACCAGUUAUUAGUAUCACAAAGAGAUCCUAAGUUAAAAGAGUCUUUAUCUGGGGUGCCUGGGUGGCUCAGUCAGUUAGGUGUCUGCCUUUGACUCAGGUCAUGAUCCUAAAGUCCCAGGAUGGAGCCCCUCAUCAGGCUUCCUGCUCAGUGGGGAGUCUGCUUCUCCCUCUGCCCCACCCCCCUGCUCAUGCUCUCUCUCUCUCUAAUAAUUUUUUUAAACAGAGUCUUUAUCCGUGAAGGUGCAAAAACAAUUAUAAGUGAAUUAAAAGGAUCCAGCAUCAUCACUGUUUGAAAAUCAAUAGAGACCACAGGAAAUAUAAAAUGCAAACAAUCUGAGCUCUCAUUCACAUGAGACUGGCCAUAAACAUGCACAUAGCUGCUGUUACCCAGGGCUCAUUUGAGUGAUAAGAUUAAGAUGUUCUCCAGGAAGAAUAAGCUAGAAGCAAUAAAAAUUUAAUUAAGAUUAAAA